AUGGCGGGAAGGGGGAAACAGUUUUCUGCUAAGGAGAUCUCCUCAAUGGUGCUUACCGAGAUGAAGGAUAUCGCCGAGGCAUAUCUUGGAUCAACCAUCACGGAUGCUGUUGUCACUAUGCCUGCUUAUUUCAACGACUCUCAGCGUCAGGCCACCAAGGCUGCCGGAGCCAUUGCCUGUCUCAAUGUUAUGAGGAUCAUCAAUGAACCUACCGCUGCAGCCAUUGCUUACGGGCUGGAUAAAGGAGCUACUGGCUCUGUUGCAAAGAAUGUGCUCUUUUUCGACCUUGGUGGUGGAACUUUCGAUGUUACACGAUUGAGGAAGGGUAAGGAUAGGUUGGAGGAGGCGGAGAAGUAUAGGGUGGAGGAUGAGAAACACAAGAAGAGGGUUGAGGCGCGGUAUGCUGUGGAGAACUACGCGUACAACAUGAGGAACGCCAUUACAAGUGCAGCGAACCUCACAGCAGCAGACAAGGAGACUAUGGAGGAUGCGUUCAAGUCUUUUGUACAGUGGUUGAUCUUCAACGAACGUGCGGAGGUUGAUGAGUUGAAAGGCAAGAUGAAGGAGCUCCAGACCGUUUUCAUUCCCAUCAUCCUCAACAUGAAAUAA